UAGUGCAUGGGAGGAGUUGAACAGUCACCAAGUUUAGUUCAGAUAAGCUGUGGGAGCCACUGAAAGAAAUCCCAGCACAGAAACUUCUUUUCAGCUGCCCAGGGAGAAUUUACCAUGAAAUAAGCCUAUAGCAAGCACUUGAUCAUCCACUCUGCUGCAGCAGAUCUGUUAAUGCCUGCAGAAGCAUGCAACACCCAUUUCUAGCAUGCAGAGCAACCCAGACUGCAGUUAGACAUGUGACCGUCAAGACAUUUUAUCUACAAGCCAAGUAAUUCAGUCAAUAUUUGCAAGGUCUGGGAGGAAAACUUUAACUGCUUUAUUUGACGUAAUGUCGUUACAGCCAAUACCAUCAGAAGAGCCCGAUGCUCCUUUUAUUUGCAUUAUAUUUGUAUGACAGAUGAUUGUAUGACAUCUGCAUCUAAAAAUGAAGGACAGACUGGAAGAGUUUAAGACUAGAGUCAAAGAAGAUGAGUUACUUGAGUUUGAGGCCAACUUGACUUUUAACAAUCCUAUCUACCAAGAAACGGAGAAUCAUGAAAUGGACAAGCUUUUUCAGGAGGUGUCUGGGAUUUCUGUUUCUCUAAAGCAUCUGGCAGAUCUCGCUGAUCGGAUUGAGAAAAAACAGGAGGUUAUCCUUUGCAGCACAACAGAGAUAGACAUUUAUGAAGGCAAGAAAGAGUUAAGUGAAAUGAAAAAUACGUUGAUUUCUGAUGCUAAGGGAAUUGAGGCCCAGCUCAGCAAAAUUAAGGCAGCUUUGGCCGAAGACAGUAAAAACUGGAUGGCAGAGUACCGCAUCCGACAGAGCCAGUUCACAGCCUUAACAAAUCGAUACCAAGUAGUUAUGACUCAACAUUAUAUUAACGAGACAAAGUAUGUAGGGAUGCUGAAAGAGCAGAUUAUGAGGCAGGCAGAACUGGCUGGAUUGGAUCUUCAGGAGGAUGACAUCAAUCAACUAAUAAGCAGUCCAAUGUCUCCACAAAUUGUUGGAAAAGAUUUAGAAAUCCUCAAAGCUAAGCAAUACCUUACCAUGGCCCAACAGAAACAUAAGCAGCUUCUGGACCUUGAAGUCCAGAUUACUGAACUUCACUUGAUUUUUUUGCAGUUACAAAUGCUGGUCUCGGAGCAACAGGAUAUUAUCAAUAACAUUGAGUACAACAUGAUACACACUCAGGAAUACAUAGCACAAUCCAAAGAAGAAGUCAAGAAAGCGAUUAAAUACCAGAAGCAAUCUCGUGUAGCAGCUGCAGUAUCGGCGCUUCUGGGGCUUUGUGCUUGUUGCACUUGUUGUCUUGCUUGUCUGCCCGGAGCUGCAAAGUAAAGCUAAUCCUAAACGGUCCAAAUAUUGUUGGUCUCAUCUAUUUAUUAUCUUAAAUUAGAUUGUGCUCAAAUGUGAGAUGGUGAACUCCUAGCAGUUUCUACUUAAAUGAAGCUAUUUCAGUUGUAAAGCCUGUAUUCCACAGUGAUGAGCUACAGACCUACAGUUGGGAAAGGGACUGAUGUUUCUUCUCUUGAACAUACAGUCAUGAAGUAGAGCAAUACUUGUAAUUCUCUCUGAAGCAGAACAGGGACUAUUACUCUGUAAACAGAGGUGUCUACCUCUUCCACAGUCAUGGCUGUGUAAUGACUGCCCUCUUAGUAGGUUACACUGAUUUGUUAUUUCUUUUAUCUCUGUUUAUUUUUACAUGAAAGGAGUGGCCUAAAAAGUGUAAGGCUGAGGUAUCCCUUAAAUAAGAUAUUUUGAUAACAUAACUUAUUUGUAGGAUACUGUAGGUAGGAAAUAUACAGCACAUGUUAAAUAAUAUUCUGUUUAUAUUUUAUUCCUAUGGAAAUUCUCAGUUAAAGCACAGGUGUAAAUUGCAUUUUAAUUGUGUGGAUAUAUGAAAACAAGCAAAACAAAAGGACAUAUUUACAACCACAAGUUCAGGAGCACUAAGAGGUGCAAGAGACUGAGGCUAAAUUGCACUUUGCAGUGGGCAAAGUGAAAAAAAGGCCAACUGUGACUUUUUUGGGGUCUUUGCACCAGGGCUGGAACUAGGGGUAGGCAGAAGUGGCACCUGCCUAGGGCGCAACGAUAAGGGGGUGCUUGGCAGGUACUUAUUAAGCGUCUUCUGCCUAUCCCUAGUCCAGUUCGCUCCCCUCUCCUUUACUAACUUCCCUCCUCCCCUUCCCUCACCUCCCCCCUCCUUCCCCUUGCCCCUCCUCACUCACCGCCACUCUGUUACUGCACAUGUGCGCAGUCUUGGUCAGGUGCCCGCGCAGAGGGUAGCAGGCUGACUGGCUGGGUUGCCUAGGGCGCCUAGUCGGCUUGGCCUGGCCCUGCUUUGCACACUGCAUGGGACAUUGUAAAUGACCCCUAAGGGCUUUCUGCCAAAGAUAUGUAAAGACAGUUGCUUAAAUUAAGAGCAAACUUAUUUUACUGUAUAUGUUAUAUAUAUUUAUAUUUGUACAGUUAAAACUUAUAUAUGCCCUUUAUAAUAAA